CUUUUCUGAAAUACGCUCUGAACUUGGCAUCAUCCCAUCCCACUCUCUUUCUCUCUCUCUUUUAUUUUGUCUUCGGUUGUAGUACCACAUACGCAGCUUGGAAAAAAAAUAUAAAAUGGACGACGAUCCACCACCUACAGACACCUCGCCAUUACCGUCACCGUCCCCGUCACUCCCACCCAUCGACGAUAAUAAUGACCCUGCCAACAACUACGCUCCUCUCAUUCUCGGCACUAUUGCACUUUUCAUGAUCGCAGUAGCUACCGUUUCACGCUAUGGCAAUGUAAAAGAGCAGCCCUGGUACGUUUCCGUUGUCUGCAUCAUUGGCUGGUGUUUUCCGUUCUGGAUUGUUCUCUUGUUGCCACUCGACAUUGCUUCGACAAUGUACGAUAACUGUGAAGGCGAGUGCCAGACACCAUUUGCGCACGUGUCACAAUCAUUCCUAUAUGUAGCUUGGCGGACACUCUAUUGGACAUCUUUUUGUUUGACCUGGGUGAUGAUACCAAUGAUGCAGGCAUAUGUCAAUACCGGCGACUUUGGCUUUACCCAAAGAGUCAAGGCGGCCGUGCAAGUCAACCUCCGCUUUUACUCCAUCUAUGUCGUUGUUGGAUUUUUUGGAUUAUUGUAUCUCAUUUUUGGCAGUGGAUAUACAACAAAGGAAAAGAUUCAAGGUUUCGUAAUGGCAAUGGCCAAUAGCUGGGGCUUGUUCCUAGUCAUUGUCUUUUUAGGAUAUGGUCUGGUGGCGGUUCCUAGAAGGUUGUGGAUCACCGGAAACACAAAGCGGCAUCUCCGUCAACUUUAUGCAAAUGCAUCCAAGGGAAAGGAGGAAUCCAUGGAUAGUGAGUUGGAGUUUAUCGAACUGGCAAAGACUAUGCACGCUAUUGCACAAAGAAUCACUCCAAGCGAUCCCUUUGUCCGUAACCGCGUGGAUCAAAUGAUCCGUCGAUUUCCAUUUGUACUUGACAAUGACUAUAGUGACCGAGAAAACUCAAUUCGUCUGCCGCGAACAAUUACCGAAGAGUAUCUGGUCAAAUUAUGCAAGGAUAUGAUUAUUGCUUCGAGAAUGCGUGAUAGAAAACUAGCAUUAUGGAGAAACUUGCUACACGAGGCGUUUUAUCUCCAAGAUGUCAUCUCCAAUAGAAGCAACACUGACCACCGCUUUCACUCGACACUAAGACCGCUUUCAGAGAACACCAAGUGGAAUGACUUUAAGGCAUGCUUAGAAUGGUGGUGGGUUUUACGACUUGAGCCAGUAUUCCAUCGUGGCGUAGCCAUUUUGUGUGCACUUGUCAGCAUCUGCAUCCUCUGGUCAGAGCUCGUGUUUAAUAUCAAGAACCCUGUCAUUUCUUUGGUAGCACUCGGAUUGAAAGGAUGUGGAUUUAACUAUGCUGCUGUAGAGCUCAUGGCAUUCUUCACCUUGACGUUCAUGUGCCUUUGCGUAUAUACUUCAUUGUUUAAAGUUCGCUUCUUUAACCUAUAUCUACUCAUCCCGAACCAUCAUACGGAUGAAAACAGUUUACUGUGGUUCACUGGAUAUCUAUGUAAAAUGAUGGCCCCCUUAUGCUACAACUAUAUAAACUUGGCAGGAAACUCAAGUGGUGCAGAAAAAUCAGUGUUUAAUCAGUUUAUGGGUCACGCUGAUCUGAUACCUUUUCUGGGAACUACGUUCAUCGACUGGUUCCCCGUGGUCAUCCUCAUCCCUGCUGUUUCGGCCUAUUUCAAUGUGGGUGGUCGAUGUUUGAGUAUUUGUGGCGUCAAGGAUCCUUAUGAGAAUGACGAAGAAAAUCCGGAUUCAGAGGGUCCUGUCGCUCUGAGUGCAGAUAUUGCGGAUGGCAAAGCGCUCAUCGAUGAAGAACGCAUGAUCAUGGAACGGAACAUAAACCCAGAUUUAUCUAAUCAACGGGGUAUUCUAAAUCGGGCACGAAACGCUUUGGAGGCAUACACAUCCAAGUAUAAUAAUCGCGCAUCCUCUGUCCACAGCACACAUAGUUCUAGAUCCUUGAACACCUUUGCCAACCACCGUUCGCCACUCUCUUCCAAUAUCCGACAAGAAAGAGAUCGACGGAUCGACGAGAUUUUAUCUGGUCGGACAACACCAAACUCGAUUGCCAGUACAAGUAGUGGCAACCGAUAUGUACAUAACAACAACAGCAGUGGACAAGAUAGUACGAGCAGCAGAGAGACAUCUUCAGAUGAGGAAUCGGGUCUCCAAGCAUUUGGUGAAACGUUAAAGUCAAAGCUAAACACACUGUUUACAACAAAAAAAGGGCAACAGGAUGCACAACCCUUAUUGGAUCCACAGCCUCAGACUCAGCAUCAGCAUCAUCCAGGCAAUGGUGGUGGUGGUAGCAGCACCAGAGCCGGCAGGGUACUUGGACGACCCACAUCACCUGAGUAUGCUCGAUCACGGUCCCCCUCACCGACACCAGAUACCACUCGAUUUUCGCUGGCUGCGGUCUCCUCUGCGGACAGAAAUAGCAACACCAAGCCUUUCACUCGCUACGAGAGUAACAGCAACAAUAAUAACAUGUUUAAUGGCAUUUAAGCUUAGAGGAAAAGAGCGGAUAGUAUACAGCACAUAGCAUUAUCAUAAUAGCAAACUAUAAUAAUAUAGUAAAUACCACCACCAUCCCCUAUAUU